AUGUUUUUGCAAUUAAGGGUCAUUCUUGUGUUGGUUGUCAAUUACAAAUUAGUGGUACUUGGAGCUGGAGGUGUUGGAAAAUCAUGUUUGACUGUUCAGUUUGUUCAAGAGGUAUAUAUCGACAGUUACGAUCCUACGAUUGAAGAUUCAUAUACAAAAGAAAUAGAAGUUGAUGGACGUGCGUGUAACUUGGAAAUCUUAGACACCGCUGGUGUUGCACAGUUCACGGCUAUGCGUGAGUUGUACAUAAAAAAUGGGCAAGGAUUUGUACUUGUUUAUUCAGUUACAGAUCGUCAAUCCUUGCAAGAAUUGUUGGCAAUCCGAGAACAGAUACUACGAAUUAAAAAUUCUUCAAGCGUGCCAAUGGUUCUUGUCGGUAAUAAGUGUGAUUUGACUGACGAGAGAGAGCUUACACCUGAAGAUGGAAUUGAUGUUUCUCGUCGUUGGAAUAAGGUGCCUUUCUAUGAGACUAGUGCCUUGUAUAGAAUGAAUGUGGAGGAUGCUUUUGUUGAUGUUGUUCGUCAAAUCAUUCGGAAGGAAGUCCAGCAACAACAACAACAACAACAAAAAUUACAGCUUAAGCGUGCCAAUUCGGUUACAGAAUCACCUGGAUUUCCUUCAGUUGGGAAUGCUGUUCCCACUAAAUCUCCACCACAGUCUGUUUUUGCUCCAAAUGCAAAUGGGGGCAAAUUAACCGCGCCAGGAGUUCUAUAUGCUGGAGCCCAGGUCAGCUCACAAAAAAAGAAAAAGAGAAAGAAAUGGUAUAGUAAAUGUACUAUAUUAUAG